AUGUUUCGUCUCACGGCAUGGUUUGUGCGUAAGGCGUUCGAGAAAUCGUCCGACCAGCAGCUGUCGCUGGCGGAAAGAAUAAAACAGUGCGAAGAAAAACUGCAACAGGAAGAUGAGGAGAGCAAAGAGAUUAAAGCAGAAAUUGCCAAACAGGCGAUGGAACCAACGGAUUGCUUCCAAACGACGGGUACGAUAACCGAAGUGAAGGCGGACUAUUUCAUCAUCGACGGAAUCUACUUCGUACCGAGGGCUAUGCUUAAAAACACGGAAGCGGCCAAACACGUGGAAGAGAACACCAAGCUUCAGUUUCUUGCCAAUCGUAAAACGGAUCCGGUGUCGGGUGAAGUUUCCACCAAAGUGGUUAAAGUCCUUUCCGUAGUCGACAACGUCUGGAACCAUGGAGGUACGGGUACUGCUGCUGCGGCUGAAGAAGAAGAUUGGACACAACCGGCUGAUACAGCUUCCACCGUCACGUACUUCAAGAAGAAUCGACGCCGCGAACCAGGCACCGUGAUCGGGAAGGACCGUGACAUCCUCACCGUGGAAACGGAUGCCGGCGAUCCGAUUAGUGUGAACAUCGACAGGACAAGCAUGACGUUUGUACCGGCACUCGGCGACUACGUAACGCUUGCCUGCGUGGUACAAAUGGAUGGCAAGUUUGUCGACUUCAAGGGCGAAGUGCUGGAGGUGGAAUCCAUUGAACCGAGUCGCAUCGUCAACGGUACCGGUGUAAUUAUCGCCCUGGAGGAGGACGGUGGUGAGAUCCGCACUACAACGAAUGGAACCGUUAUCUUUAUGAUAGAAACUCUCACCGAUUAUCGACCGGGAAAAGGUGACCGGGUAGAAUUUCGAGCAGUAGAAAACAAGCACGUGCGAUUGCGCUGCAUCAACUUGAAGCUUCUUGCUGCCGGUGUAACGAAAACGCUCGACAUGGCCACACCACCAUCGCACCAAACGAACGAAACCGGCGGAGGAUCGGUGAGAAAUAGUUCCGACGAACGGGCUGGCAGCUUGUGGGCGGAUAAGCACGGUAUCAACAUUAGCGGUGACUUCGAUGUGACCCUGAAGGACGGCCAGGAUCGGGAGCUGCGCAAGGUUGUGAUAAAAAAUGAAUCCCGGAGGCAGCACAAGAUACUGAAGAUGUUACCCCCGAGAAGUGAAGCGCCCCAGGUAUGUCUGAAGUCGCCGUUUGCACACACGCAGUCGUACCUCUUUCCGGGCGAAUCGGUUGAGUAUGAGUUUGAGAUAACGGGCGCAGGUCUGUUCGGGCGGAACGAGGAAAGCUGCAUAUGGUGCUUCGGCGGAUCGUUCCGCAUCGGUCGCAUCUUUCGCAUUACGGUAGGGCAGGAGACAUCGAAUGGGAAGCUUCCGACGAUCAACACCAUCGGCAGCAAUGGUGGUGGCGGAUACAAUGGGAAGUCGUCAUACUGCAAGAAGCAGUUGGCAUUGCUAAAUAUGCGUCGUGCCCCGGGGCCGGUCCUGAAUGGGCCGCGCAUCGGUAUGCGGGCGAACUUCAUCGCUAAUCCAAUGCCCUCCUACAACGUGCCGUCGGAGCUGUACGAUCUGAUCCUGACGUCACCGAGCCGUGCUGAGGUGUGCAAUGCGCUCGAGCGCCCACCCUACUGCUUGAGCGAAGAGCUGUCCCCGAAAAACUACGCCCGCAUCAAGAAAACGCUCAUACAUCUGGAGGAGAUCCGGCUACAGAUCGAGUUCCGCAAGCACGACCUCGAUCGGGCCCACUUUACGCCCGAGGAAAGCUUUCUCGCGCUGGAGGUAGCGAACAUUGCCGAGGCGCGGCCCUCCAUCCUGGUGGGUGACUGUGUGCGUGCCACAGCCCCCUGGACGAACGACUCCACCAUCUAUCAGGGCGUGAUACAUCGCGUACUGCACAGCCGCGUGCUGAUCAAGUUCGACCAAACGUUCCACUCGCGCUACAACGGGGAAAGCUACGCGAUACAGUUCACGUUCGGUCGCAGCUCGUUCCGCAAGCAGCAUCACGCCAUCAAGCGAAUGCAGCUGACCCAUGGGCUGGAGUAUUUGUUCCCGGAGCGGAUUAACGUGCAGGAGCCGGUGCUGAAUGUGCGGUUGAACGCGCGCAGCGAGUUGGUGCUGGAGGAGAGCAUGGAGGAAGGUUGCACCAAGGGCCGUGUGUUGCCGUGGUGCAACGCAGCACUGAACCGCUACCAGAAGCAGGCGAUCGUGAAUGUGUUGCGCGGCGAGGCACGUCCCAUGCCGCAUAUCAUCUUCGGACCGCCGGGCACGGGCAAAACGGUCACUAUAGUGGAGCUGAUCCACCAGCUGAUAGCGAAUGUGCCGAGCGCGCGGCUCAUUGUCGUCACACCGUCGAACAGUGCGGCCUACCUGAUUACCGAGCGGCUGGCCCGGGGAGGCGUACUAGAGCCGGGCGAUUUUAUCCGGCUGGUCGCCAUGAGCCAGGUCGAGCGGGAAGCGGUUCCGGAGCAUUUGGCGCAGUACUGCGCAACGGUCGAUGUGGCCGAAGAGCGUAGCACGCUCGGCGAUGUGCUCGUGACCGAGUCGGGGCUGCGGAUGAAGUUCCAGGCGAAGCACAUUGGACGACACCGUGUCACGAUCAGCACGUGCCUUGGUAUCGGUUCCCUGAUGAUGAUGCACUUCGAUCCGAACCACUUCACGCACGUCAUCGUGGAUGAAGCGGGCCAGGGGCUGGAACCGGAGGUCCUCAUUCCCAUCUGCCAGGUGAGCCGGACGGUCGGGUCGGUUACGCUGGUAGGCGAUCCGAAGCAGCUUGGCCCAAUGGUCCAUUUUAACGAGGAAGCGACAUGGACCAGCCACCUAUCGCUGCUGGAGCGGCUGCUCAGCCUGAGGCUGUACUCGAUCGAUCGGCAGCGUUUCACCGGCGAUACGGCCGGUUACGAUCCCCGGCUGGUGACGCUGCUGCGCAUCAACUAUCGAUCGAUUCCCAACGUGCUGUCGCUGUACAACGAUAUGUUCUACGACAGUGCACUCGAGCCGUACGUGAAGGAGGUCGCCGACGAAGAUGUCCAGCUGCUCGGUGCUAUUCGGGACAUUCUAAAGCUUCCCAAGCCGUCCGACGGCUCGGAGGACACACGCAAAGGAUUCUUCUUCUGUGGCAUCGACGGCACGAACAAACAGUCGCCGGACAGCCCGUCCUGGUUUAAUUCGGCCGAAGCGUGCAUGGUGCACAAGAUCGUCGAACGGCUGUACCGCGGGGGACGGUGUGGCCCGGCCGAUAUCGGCAUUAUCACACCGUACGUCAUGCAGGUGCGCAGCAUUCGGCGUACAUUCGAUGCGGCCAUGCUGGAACCGCCCAAGAUUGGCUCGGUGGAAGAAUUCCAGGGCCAGGAGCGCAAAGUGAUCAUCGUGUCGACGGUUCGCUCAUCCAGUGCUUAUCUCGCACACGAUUCCAACACCAAGAUUGGCUUUAUCUCGGCCCCCAAGCGCAUUAACGUAGCUCUGUCUCGCGCGAAAGUGGCACUGAUAGUAAUUGGCAAUCCGAAGCUGCUGGCCACCGAUAAAACGUGGAUGCGCGUACUACAACGAGCGCUGGACGAUGGUACCUACUGUGGGUGUACGCUCGGGUCGGCCAUUUUGCGAAACGUUUCAACGGCCACGCGGCGCGAGGGCAAUAAUUUACAGCGCCAGUAUGACGACGACGACGACGACGACGAAGACGAUGAGUAUCAGUACUAAAACGGUGGACGGCAGGUGAACAAAUAAUGUAACACCACGGUGAUUCCAAUACGUUUUAAACUCGAGAGAAAAGCUACCAGGAGAUUUUGGACAUUGUUAGAAUUGAGUUGAAUUUUAAUUGAUCGUACUUUCAUUCUACAUGUCUUUUUAGUUUAAUGUGUUUGGUUCUUUGCUGAAAACCGCAAUCUGUUGUAUGUAACAUAAGAUUUAUACUAUUGUUAAUUUCGAUUUGCUUUCAAGAAUUUCGCUUUACGCGGUUGAUCAGACAUCUUUUUCUUUUUCCUUAACUGUUUGGGUUUUCUUUAAUAGUGCUCAUUCUACCGUGUUGGUAUAGGGACACGCGGAAACACAUUCUGAGGAAAUGGUUGCAAAUAUAUCCGUGAUUUUUGCAAUGAGCAUAAGCAACAAAGAGCUUACCAUCUUCUAAAAGAAAUGACAUGUUGGACGAAAUAAAUAGUGGCAAUCCUGUAGAGAUUUAA